GUGCAGGGACAGCAGUGAGGGUGCUGGCAUCUGCCCCAAGGGUAGCACUUGGCUGCUGCUGGGCUCUUGCUUUGAAAUGCCUGGACUCGCGGUGUCUGCUCAGCUCCUGGCAAAGCUGAAGCAUGCCAGCGAGCACCAGUGGUGCCGCAGUCGAUGGUUCUGUUAGUCUUGUACUGGUUGCACAGUGUUACGCCCUCAGAAAUCGUAAGCCCUGAUAAGGAUCAGGGCUCUCUCCCUGAUGGGCUGUGAAAGACUUGAGGCACGUAGGGUGAUGCUGAGCCAUGCGUGGGUUCCUUGGAGUCUCUAGGGCAGAGCAAGGCAUGGGGUCCAAGAUCUGCAGGUCCAGCCUGCAGUGCUGGUGUUGGCAAGGACAAAACCUCCUGCCCCCAGCAUUGGCUUUGCAGGGGCAUCCUGGCUUGUGCCUGUCCUGCCACCCGUCACCUUUGGUCCUGGCCUGACCCGUGUGCUGCCUUCUGUCCCCAAGCCACUAAUGGUCCCUGCAAGGGGGUAUGUGGGCGCUGGGUGCUAAGGUUGGGUGCACGCAGGGUGCUGGGGGCAGGCUACAUCUCACCCCUUGCUUGCAGAGGGCACUGCUGAGCUGGCCGAGGGCUGCUAGCCCUGGGAGCCUGCAACCAGAUGAGACGCUGUCAACAAGGAAGGAAGAAAAAAAAAAACCCUGACCUAGGAAAAAAGGUACGAACCACCAAAACUGAAUCACGUGUCGUGCCGUGGGACGUGUCCUACAGCCUCCCAGCGCAGUGGCACAGAGGAUGCGGCCCUGUCCCUCGGCUGGAGGGAGCCUGGGAGCUGGGCAGACCCUGGUGAUGCUUCCAGCGAGCGCUCUGACGGGGGAUUGCUGAGCUGAAGGCAGUUGUGCUUAGCAGAGCAUGGUGGGCACGGGUGGCACUGUUUGCUCCGGCGUGUUCCUGUUACAACGGGCCAGAUGAGCAGCUGCGUGGCCCAAGGUAGGGAGGACUGCGGUGCUUCAGGGCAGCGCGGCGACGGGGGAUGCAGGUGAAGGAGGGGAUGCGCGGAGGAGAGGGGGAUCGAUCCCUGUGGUCUCAGCCAAUGGGGUAGCCACCAAACCAUAUUUUUACAGAAACCGCAACAUGGGGAGGAGUAGUGGGGUUUUCCCUCUGGCAAAGGCAGAUGGCAAAUGGCUGUGCUGGGCUCAGCAGGGGCUGGUGGAGACCAUCCUGUGGCCAGCCUCCCUGCUGCAAAAGUGUUGGCCCCCAGUGAGCUUCCCCCUGCAGCAGGAGCAGCCCUGUCCCUGCUCGCACAUGCAGCUGGGCCCUGGGGUCUCCCUGGGUUGCAGACUUGCUGCUCUGUACCUCCAUGAGUCCCAGGAAAAGUCCUGGGGGCUGCUUCUCUCUCCAGGGGGAAAUGCCUGCCACCUUCACCAGGGGCCUGCUGCAAAGCCGGGAGGGCUUGUGCUUAGUGUCAGGGCAGGGGAAACCAUAAACUCACCACCUGCACUUUGGCAUUUUGGAGGUCUUGCCUCGGGGCUAGGGGCCCUGGCCCAUGGUGUGCAGCUGGCCAUCCUUGCUUGCUGGGUGCUUCUCUUUGAUUCCAACUCUGAUGCUUGCAAGGGACUGAACAAAUGGGGAAGGCAUUUUAUACACACCUGCCAAGGCAGUUGCGUUCAUAACAUUAACGCAGAGUCAGUAUAAAACCAGAAAAGCAGGAGGCAAUCAACAGGAGUAAGUCAGCUGUACAGGCAUCCAGUCCAGCCAAGAAGGUGUUCCCACCUGUCUGCCUCUGGAGGUGGCCCCAGGCUCCCCGCCUUCACCAGGAGACACGUCCCCAUGACCGGGAGGUCAGCAUUGGUGGCCUCAAAGCCCUUGCACGUCUCUCCCUGGAGAGCAAGGUUACCUUCACAGCUGGCAAGAGCAGGGAAAAAAAUUCCCCAGGAGCUGAGUGCUGGUGCAAGGCCAAGGUACAGAGCUACUGGCCAGGUUUUGGAGAAAGGGAGGGGGGAAGCGGGGCAGUAACGUGCCAUAGCAGUGCCCCAGUGUCCCCCCAGGGCUGGGAUGCUGGUGCCCAGAAGGACCAGCCUCUGCUGUGGCUCACACAGACUGAGGGCUCUACCUGGGGCAUGGCACCCAAGGGGGUGGCCUAGGGUACCCUGUUUCACCUGACCAGGUGCCAGCAUGCAUGACACCCUCCCCGUCCCACGGAGGCUGCAGGAGGGCUGGGAGUGUUGCGGCGGCUGUAUUGCCGGUUGUACCAGUAUGAGUCAUGCCCAGAGCAAGGCUGAGUCACCACCAGAGUAGGGUGAGCAUCAGGACAGGAGCUUCCUCAGACCCACGUCCCAGCGAUACCGGCAGUGAUACCGGCAGCGUGACUUCUCACUGCCUUUCAGGAGGGACCAAAUGCCAUGAGGAACCAGCUAGAGGUUCCGGCUGCCUGUCGUGUUUGUGGGUGACAGAACAGCUCCAGCGCACCCGUCCUCUCACCAUGGCACCCAACAUGGCAGUGUAGAGCUGGGGGCAGAUGGACGGGGUGCAGCGGGAUGAGCCCUGCCCUGAGCCUGCUUCUGUUCCUGGCCAGCUGCACCCUGCUCCAGGGCACACCAUUGCCUCCGCAGAACGUGAGGCUGCAAGCACAAAACUUCCAUGUUUGCCUGCAGUGGGAGCCGGACCCUGGCUCACCCAGCAAUGCCACGUACCAGGUGGAGUGGAGGACACGAACCUCUCGAUGGACCAAGGCAGAUGCCUGCUGGGGGAACAGCACCGGCUCUUCCUGGAUGUGUGAGCUGUAUUUUGACGAUAUCUACAAUAUCUACUGGGCAAGGGUGAGAGCGGUGGCCAGAGGCGAGCUGUCCAAGUGGGCCUAUUCCAGCGAGCUGCAGCCGUACCGUGACACAAUUGUGGGCCCCCCCAAGUUGUCGUGGCUGCUCCAGGGUCACAUCCUCAGCGUAAAUAUCAUCAUGCCGCUCACUCCCUACCGAAACAAAACUGGCUCUUACCAGCCGGUUGAUGAAGUGCUGCUGAAGCUGUGGUACUGGCUGAAUCUGUACGAAGGGAACACGCUCGUCCAGCAGGUGCCCUGCAAACAGAGCAGGGAGGGAGCACCAUGCACCUUCAAGUACCUGAAGCCCAGCACACAGUACUGCAUCCAGACAGUGGCUGCGGACAUGACCGGGGAGCAGAGCCGGGAGGCCAAGCAGUGCAUGGUGACACCAGCGGGUCCUGUAGGCUUUCCCUGGGUCGUCCUUGCCAUACUGAGUAGCAUCUUCCUGCUGCUGACCCUGGCCGGGCUCUGCUUUGUCCAGCUGCACGUCUUCCCCAGACCCUCGGAGAUGCACCUCCCGAAAACACUUCAGGCUCUCCUGAACGGGGACCUGAGUGUGACCAUCAUGGUGCCCACCCUUGAGCUCAAGGAGGACUCACUCGCCCUGCUUCUGCCAGCCAUGCUCCCCUCCCGUGGGCCACCUGCAGCUGAGCAGACGAUGCCUGAAGUCCAGCUGCUCCUCAGAGAAAGCCUUUCCCAGGACAUGAGUGGCUACUGUGCCAACGGGUUUGGGCCAGACUGCCACGAGGGAAGGGACCCAUCCUGCACCCACAGCCAGCUGGGGCAUGCCUUGGGCUCCCGGGUCUCAUUGCAGCUGGAGGAGGAUGGGGAGGCAUGUGAUGGGGACAGUGCGGUGGAGCAGCCGGUGCCAGUGGGUCUGACCAGAGACAGCUACACAGGUGACGGGGACUACCAGACAUCCAAGACAUGGCUCUCCCUGCACCUCCAGCUUUAUUCUAAAUGCCAGUGCCCAGCCCUGGGAGCAGGCAGCUGCCUUCCUCUGCCCACACCAGGCAGGAGCUUCAGCCAGGGGGACCUGCGGGAGAGCCUUGGCAUGGCAGGGCACUGCGUACCACUCAGCUCCGUGAAGCUGCCGGCUAGCGAGGAGGAGGAUGGAGGGCAACUCGUCCAUGCUCUCCAGCCCCCACAUGCCUGUGGGACUGAGCCACAGCCAGGUGACAGCACUGUGCAGCAGGGUGACUCGGAGCAGGCAGCACUGGGCAUCCCCCUCCCCAGCCCCUGCCAGCUGCCCCAGUUGCCCCCCAACAUCCUGCAGGCAGCUGCCUUCUCCGGCUAUGAGCUGCGUCCCCCAGUUGACGGCGAGCCAUAGCAGGCAGGCAGGGGCAUGCCAGGGGCUGCCGGGCACACAGCAUCACGCAGAGCUCGAGGUGCUGCCCAGAGCUGCCCUUGCCACGAUGGCUGCCUGCUCAGACCUGCCUAUGCCUUGCUGGGGACAGGACUGGGGCAGGCUCUCACGCAGGCAGGCAUGGGCAAGCUCCAGGCAGCGCUAGCUCCAGGCAGGGCUGCCGUGCAGGGGUGAGAUCAGUGUCGUCAGAGCUUCCCUCUGCGGUUUUGUUGCUCUUUAACCAAAGUAUAAGGAAUACAUACCGAAGUUGAAGCCCCAAAACUUGUAUCUAUUUAUCCAUCUAUAUGUGUCUAUAUGUGUGUGUGCAGUAUAUAUACUAAUGCAAAUUUAUAUAUAUACUCAUGCAAAUUUAUAUAUAUACUCAUAUAUAUAUAUAUAAAAACCUCUAAUGAAAGAGGAGGCUUGGAUUUUUCUUUUACUUCUCUGGAAAAACUGAUUGUGCACUGGAGCUGUUUUUUAAAUAACACUAAUUUAUUAGGGAAAACUGGCUUCUGUGCUUAUUCUUUCUGUGUUACAGAAUGAGCACUGCCCUGCCUAAGCAGCAUCUUGGAAAGGUGCUAGGAAAACUUGGGGUUUCCCUGGGAGAAAAUUAGACCCACAGCUGGUCUGCAUGUUGCUGUCAUGUGGGGAAAAAGCUGGUUCUUCAGCAACUGCUGGAUAGUUUUAUUAUUCCUUCUACUAGCACCAGGG